AUGACGUUUUUCACAUUUCAAUUUAUAGAACCAUGUGUUUCUACUUGUUGUGAAACUUUAAUUUACCAAAUAUAUUAAUUUUACCACAGAAUUUGUUACUUACAUCAAGCACACGUUUUAACCACUUUCUUGUAAUGGCAAUUCGCGCACAAUUUGAAGGAAACAAUGAAAUCGGUGUAUUUUCCAAGUUAACCAAUGCCUACUGUUUGGUGGGAAUUGGUGGAUCAGAAAAUUUUUACAGUAUAUUUGAAGGGGAAUUGUCUGAAGUGAUUCCUGUGGUUCGGGUCGGUCUGGCAGGAUGCAGAAUUAUUGGCAGAAUGUGUGCUGGCAACAGAAAUGGUUUGUUGGUUCCAAACACUACCACAGAUCAAGAGCUGCAACACAUUCGGAAUGCCCUUCCUGAUAAAGUGAAAGUGCAGAGAGUGGAGGAGAGGUUAUCUGCUCUUGGAAAUGUGGUUGCAUGUAAUGAUUAUGUUGGGCUUGUUCAUCCUGAUAUUGACAGAGAAACUGAAGAAAUAAUCACAGACGUUUUGGGUAUUGACGUUUUCCGACAGACAGUUGCAGGCAAUGUUCUUGUAGGCAGCUACUGCUCUUUUAGCAAUCAAGGUGGCUUGGUUCACCCCAAAACAUCAAUAGAAGACCAAGAUGAAUUGUCAUCAUUGCUUCAAGUCCCAUUAGUUGCAGGAACAGUAAAUCGUGGCAGUGAUGUGAUAGGUGCUGGGAUGGUGGUGAAUGACUGGAUCGCAUUCUGUGGACUGGAUACCACAUCAACUGAACUGUCCCUCGUGGAGAGUGUCUUCAAGCUGGGUGACAACCUGCAGUCGGCCAUUCAGUCUGAUAUGAGAGAUGCUUUGUUGGACAGCAUGACAUAAAAUGGAAUGCUUAAUGAGGGCCUGUAAUAUUACAUUGAUGUGGUGCCAAAGUAUGCGAAAGCCAGAUUGCAUUUAACACAGAAAACCAAUUUCAUCAUGAGUCAAAAUUCGUUAAGUCUUGCCUUCCACCAAGUUUCAAGAUAACAAUAGAAUUUUACAUUUUCAAAAAAAGUAAUGAGGAUAUAUUUAGUAACAGACUGCAUCAACAGCUUAUUGGCUUGUAGAUGAGAUGAUGAUUAUAAUUUAGCAUUUUUUGCUCAUACUGGAGGAACUGAACUACAUGUUAGCAAUGGUCAAAGUUAAAGAUGGCCACUGACCUGAUGGACAGACUGGUUUGGUGAUAGAAGGGUGUACUAAAGGACAUAUUGUAUAAAUACAUUGCAUUUGUUCAUUACACAGCAGGAAUAAAAAGAAAAAAUUUCAUGUCUGCUUCAGCUCUGUAAAUAUAUACUGAAUUAAAUGAAUAUGUAUA